AUGUGCGCUCAUCGUGGCCUCCACGCCAACCGCUGCCGACGCUGUCACUCUCCUCAACCUUCGCCAACCCCGUCACCCAACAUUCCUGAUUCUUCAUAUAACGUUGUUUCAUUCAUUCAUACAUUCAUUCAUUGGCAUAUUCAUUCAUUCAUCAUUCAUUCAUUCAUUCAUUCAUUCAUUUCCCUAUCAGCCUCACGUUUCACCGUUUUUCUUCGACGUUUUACAUCAUCUAUUUUUAAAUUAUUCGUCCAUUUUUCUUCUUUUUUGCUAGCUAUGACACAGUCAUCACUUGAUUCCAUUUUCUUUUCUUUAUUACAAAUCUUUCUCUCUUUCUGCCAUUCUUUUUUUCUGCCUAUCUUUCUUUCUUCUAUUCUUUUUUCUUUUUGUCAUGCUUUCCUUUUCUCUUUUUGUCAUUCUUUCUUCCUUCCUUUCAACCAUUAUUUUUCUCUCUUUUUGCCAUUCUUUCUUUCUUUCUUUCUUUCUUUCUUUCUUUCUUUCUUUCUUUCUUUCUUUCCAUUCUCUUUUUCUUUCUUUCUUACUGCCAUUCUUCCUUUCUUUCUGCCAUUCUGUCAUUCUUUUUCUGUUUUUUUUUUUUCCCUUCUUUUUUCUUUCUUUCUUUCUUUCUUUCUUUAUUUCUUUCUUUCUUUCUUUCUUUCUUUCUUUCUUUCUUUGAUUAUUUUUUUUCUGCCAUUCUUUCUUUCUUCUCGCAGAUUCCUUGUACUUUUAUGCUAUUCAGAAAAUCAAUUAUUUAUUCAAUUUCUUUCUUUCUCUCUUUCUUUCUUGCUGGUUUACUUUUUUCUGUUUCUCUUUCAUCAGGUCUUUCAUUUUCCCCCAUACAGGAUUAUGUCUCUUUUUUUCUUUCGGUUUAUACAAUUUUUGUCUGUCACUAAUUCAGCUCAUUUUCUUUCUUUCAUGUUUUUGCCCCUAUAUUUAUUUCGUCUUUCAUUUAAUUAUAUAAUUUUUGUCGCUUUAUUUUUUGAUUUUUUUCCUUUAUUUCGUCGUUCUUUCUUUCUUUUACUCAGUCAAUUUUUCUAUAUUUUUCUUUUUCAGAUUCCUUUCAUCCUUCUUUCUUUUCUACCAUUCCUUUAUUUAUCCCCUAGGCAAAUCUCUUAUCACUCCUCCCAUCAUUUUUUUCGCCCCAAUUCCAAUCGUUUUUUUUUCCUUUUCUCGUCGCUAAUUCUUGAAAAUAUUCUUCCCGCCUAUUUUUCUUUUCCAAUCUGUCGUGGUUUUUUUUUGUCUCCCAUUUUUCUGCGUUCAAUUUUUUCUCUCCGUGUAAUUACUGUUAUUUUACAUCCACAAAUAUUUUUCCCUCUUCCUCUUUCCCAGUCUUUCUUCUUCUUGACUUUUUUUUUUACCUUCCUUCGUAUGCCCCACCCCCGCCUCGCCGUUUCGUGUCUAAGCUUCUUUCUGUCGAUUUAUUUUGUUUUUCUGCAGUCAAAUUUACUUUCUUUCAUCAGCCUCGAUUUAUUUUUCUUGGUUUCUUUUAUUCAACAUUCUUUUCUGUCAUUUUAG